AACUCCCAUUCCAUGUUUUUCAUGCUCUAUUUAUACAACUCAUCUCCACCACCAGUUUUUACAAUAAUCUUCUUUCUUUCUUUACCUCAUAAUCAUUAUUCAUGACUAUGAAGCAGAGUUUUCAUGUAUUUCUCAUCUUUUUUCUCCUAUUAUCCCACUUAAUAUCUGCACGUUCACUUGCACAAAAACAAGAGGAGGUGAAGCUUCAUACAACUACGUUCAAAGAGGUUACUGAAGAUCUCAUGAAGCUGAUGGGUUCAGAGAGGGAGGGUUGUGAUGAAAAGGAUGAGGAAUGCUUAAAGAGAAGGAUGAUUGCAGAAGCUCACUUGGAUUAUAUUUACACCCAACAUAACAAGCCUUGAGUUGAAGAAUUAAUCUUGAAUAUGUACUGGAGUUUCAUCAUAAAACCUCCCUUAAUAAAAAAAAAGAGUGUUUUGUAGAGAA